AUGGCAGCGAGAGUGCUACUGCGACGGCGUGCCGCCGCGCCUUUCAUGGCCGCAACUCUCGUGGGAGGAGCUCUAAUUCCCUCGGUCGCCCUGGCUGAGGCCCCCGAGGAUCUGUCCAAGAAGCCCAUCUACGACGACUUCGAGACCCCGCUGCCCACGGCCACCGGCCCGACGCCGUCGCCCUUCUCAGACACCAUCCCCCAGACCUCGACACCACCGCCGUCGUCGUCGCCCUACCCGCCCGCCUCGGACUCCAAGCCGCGUGCCCCGACGCCGACCGACCGCCUGGCCGUCCAGAUCGGCCGCGCGCGCCUGUUCCUGUACCAGCACGCCACGCGGGCCGAGGACGCCGUCAACGCCGGCAUGGACCGGGCCUUCGACCUGGAGCAGUCGUUCACGUCGACGGUGGCGUCGCUGGCGCCGCCGCGCGAGAGCGGCGAGAAGCUGAUGCCGGGCCUGGUCUACGUGCUGGUGGCCGGCAUGGCCGGCAGCAUCGUCGGCCGCAACCGCAACAUCCUGCUGCGCGCCUCGCUGCCGCUGGCCCUCGGCGUCGGCGCCGGCUGGCUCGCCAUCCCCGUCACCAUGGGCAACGUCGCCGGCCUGCUGUGGAAGUACGAGCAGCGCUUCCCCGCCGUCGCCGACGCCCACCUGCGCACCCGCGACGGCAUCGCCCGCACCUGGGAGAUGGCCCGCGUGCACUCGCACCUCUCCAGGCAGUACGUGGACGACAAGGUGACGGGCGCGCGGGACGCUGUCGAGGGCUGGGUCAAGAAGGGGAAAUAA